AUUUCGACCCAACACAGAUAGAAAAACGCAUAAGCGCGAUUUUUAGUUGCAUAUCCUUUCUUCGUUCUCUGUAUUUCUUCUCAAGUUGUAAGCUACGAAGAAGAAGAAGAAGAAACAUUGCUGAAACCAAAAUCAAUCGAUAAAAACCAAAUCAUUCGUCAAAAUGGGUAUGAAAUUUUUGAACAAGAAGGGUUGGCACACGGGAAGUCUUCGGAACAUUGAAAAUGUUUGGAAAGCCGAACAAAAGCACAGCGCCGAAGAGAAAAAACUCGAUGAACUUCGUAAACAGAUUCAAGAAGAACGUGAACGUAGCGAGUUUCGUCUUCUUCAGGAAAAGGCUGGCCUCGUUCCUCACCAGGAGAGGUUGGAGUUUUUGUACGAUUCGGGAUUAUCCGUUGGUAAAACAUCUGAAGGUUUCAAGUCACUUGAAGCUUUGCCUAAAUCCGAUCCAACUGAUGCACCUUCAUCUUCUGCUUCUAAGGAUGCAACUGUUCCUGGAGCUUUAUUUGAGGAGAAGCCUCAAUCUGCUAAUGAUUCUUGGAGGAAACUUCAUUCUGAUCCCUUGCUUAUGAUUCGCCAACGCGAGCAGGAAGCGCUUGCGAAGAUUAAAAACAACCCUGUUAAGAUGGCCAUGAUCAGAAAAUCGGUUGAAGGAAAGGAACACAAGAAGAAAGAUCACAGUAAGAAGGAAAAAAAGAAGCAUCGAUCCAGUAAAUCAAAGCAUAAAACACAGUCCGAUUCAGACGAUGAUAUUGCCGAAAGGAGAAAAAGAAGGACCAGUGAUGAAGACCUUGACAAGAAGCGUCGUAAGGCUCGAUCAGAUUCUGAAGAUGACAUUGCAGAAAGGAGAAAAAGUAGGAUCAGUGAUGAAGACCUUGACAAGAAGCGUCACAAGGCUCAAUCAGAUUCCGAAGAUGACAUUGCUGAAAGGAGAAAAAGACGGACCAUUGAUGAAGACCUUGAUAAGAAGCGUCACAAGGCUCGAUCAGAUUCAGAGAAUGAAUCAAGUGAAGGAGAAAGGAAGAGAAGGAAGAAUCACUAUGAAGAUAGAAAAUACAAAGAAAGAUCUCCCAGUCACCACCGGAGUCAAAGCAAAGUCAAAGACUAUAGAGAAGAUGCUGAUAACAGAAGGAAGAAUCAAUAUGAAGACAAAAAAUACAGAGAAAGAUCACCCAGUCAUCACCAGAGUCAAAGCAAAGGAAAAGACUAUAAAGAAGAUGUUGAUAACAGAAAUGAUAAUAAGCCAAAGUCAGGAAGAUAUGCUCCAGAAGGUCAGUCCAAUUUUGAUGUCUCUAAAAGGGGGAAUGGGAGCUUUCGAGAACCAAGCUCUACUAGAUCUUCUGCUAAUUCACUCGGACGUGAGUCACACUAUAAGCGGAGAAAUGUGGCUCCUAAGCUUUCAGAAGAAGAGAGGGCCGCUAAACUUAGGCAGAUGCAACUUGCUGCUGAGUUACAUGAAGGGGAGAGAUGGAAACGUAUAAAGAAGGCUGAGGAGACUGAUGCACAGGAAGCAAACCAGAACACUAGUUCUAGUGGGAAGAAUUUCUUGGAUACUGCUCAAAAAAGUAUAUAUGGUGCUGCAGAAGGCGGGAGCUCUUCAAUAGCCGAGAGUGUCCGACGGCGGACCCAUUAUUCUCAAGGCAGAUCUGGAGGUGAAGGCAAUGCAUUUAGGCGGUAAAUGCUGCCUGUGGUGUUUCUAUCACUUAAUUUUAGUUAUUUCAGUUGUCUCUAGACCCUUCUUACAUGAGUGUUUUCCUGUCCUUGUACCUACAUAAGAUUCAUACUGUGUAUCAAAUAUUGGAAUGAAUCCUCUCCGUUCACAUUAUCUCAAUUUCAUCCAUUACAACAGUUUUGAGAAUAUGAACAUGACAAUGUAAAAUAUGUAACAAUGAGAUAUUAUAUUAAUGAUUCAUAGUUUAUCCUUCA